AAAGUGCACCAGUACACGUUAAUCAUCCAGGCCACCGACACGGAAGGCAGCCCCACCUACGGCCUCUCCAACACGGCCACGGCCGUCAUCACGGUGACCGACGUCAACGACAACCCCCCUGAGUUCACUGCCAUGUCUUUCUAUGGCGAGGUCCCCGAGAACAGGGUGGAUGUCAUCGUCGCCAACCUGACCGUGACGGACAAGGACCAGCCGCACACGCCGUCCUGGAACGCCGUGUACAGGAUCAGCGGCGGGGACCCCACCGGCCGCUUCGCCAUUCAGACCGACCCCAACAGCAACGACGGCCUGGUCACCGUGGUGAAGCCAAUCGACUUUGAGACAAAUAGGAUGUUCGUCCUCACUGUUGCUGCGGAAAAUCAAGUGCCAUUAGCCAAGGGCAUUCAGCACCCACCUCAGUCGACGGCAACCGUGUCCGUGACCGUCAUUGAUGUGAAUGAAAACCCUUAUUUUGUCCCAAAUCCCAAGAUCAUUCGCCAAGAAGAGGGUCUUCAUGCCGGGACCAUGCUGACAACGUUUACCGCUCAGGACCCGGAUCGAUACAUGCAGCAGAGUAUUAGAUACACAAAAUUAUCUGAUCCUGCCAACUGGCUAAGGAUAGAUCCUGUGAACGGGCAGAUAACGACAAUUGCCGUGUUGGACAGAGAAUCCCCCCACGUGAAGAACAACAUAUACAACGCCACCUUCCUUGCUUCCGACAACGGAAUCCCGCCGAUGAGCGGGACGGGCACGCUGCAGAUCUACCUGCUGGACAUCAACGACAACGCCCCGCAGGUGCUGCCUCAGGAGGCGGAGACGUGCGAGACGCCGGCCCCCAACGCCAUCAACAUCACGGCCCUGGACUAUGACAUCGACCCCAACGCCGGGCCCUUUGCUUUUGACCUGCCUCUGUCUCCCGUGAACAUUAAGAGGAACUGGACCAUCACGCGGCUUAAUGGUGAUUUCGCUCAGCUUAAUUUGAAGUUAAAAUUCCUUGAGGCGGGGAUCUACGACGUCCCCAUCAUCAUCACCGACUCGGGGAACCCCCCCAAGUCCAACAGCUCCGUGCUCCGCGUGAAGGUGUGCCAGUGCGACUCCAACGGCGACUGCACGGACGUGGACCGCAUCGUGGGCGCCGGGCUGGGCACCGGGGCCAUCGUCGCCAUCCUGCUCUGCAUCAUCAUCCUGCUCAUCCUCGUCCUGAUGUUCGUGGUGUGGAUGAAGCGCCGGGACAAGGAACGCCAGGCCAAGCAGCUCCUGAUCGACCCCGAGGAUGACGUCAGAGAUAACAUCCUGAAGUACGACGAGGAGGGCGGAGGCGAAGAAGACCAGGUGAGCCACGUUCUAAGUCUGAAAUGAACGUCAAUGACCGUGU